AUGAACAGGAUCUAUACAUCUCAAUUAGAAAAGAAUCAAGAGAAAAAGAAAGAAUCAGAAUUGAUCGAUAGAUUUCUCGAAACAAACAAAAAGGAAAUGAAAGAUGAAGCCGGAACAGUAACAAUGAAAAUGACCCCCUCUUUAGUUAGAUUAUAUGAGCAAAUGCCUGAACCAAAAGAUGUUAUUGCUAUGGGAGCCUGUACAAUUACAGGCGGGAUGUUCAGUACCGAUUCUUAUACUACUGUUCGGGGAGUAGAUAAGCUAAUUCCUGUAGAUGUAUAUUUGCCAGGUUGCCCACCUAAACCGGAACCGGUUAUAGAUGCUAUAACAAAACUUUUUAAGAAAAUAUCUCGAGAACUAUAUGAAGAUCGAAUUAGGUCUCAACGAGCGAAUCAGUGUUUUACUACCAAUCACAAGUUUCAUGUUCGACGCAGUAUUCAUACCGGAAAUUAUGAUCAAAGAGUUCCGUGA